UUGUUCUGUAAUUGCGUCUUAACCCUGUAGUCUUGUAGUGAGAAUAUGCUUUCUCACAAGGCCAAGCCAAAAGCCAUUGAGUUUGUUUGGCCCUCACAGUCACAAAACGGUGGCUUCAAGAACAAAAGAAAAUUGCCCAAAUGGGUCUGAAAAUUAGCUCAAUUUUACUCACUAAAGUUUGUGGGGCUGCGUGAAUUUCACAUGUAAAAAAGGAGGGUUCGCUCGCACUCACUCUACUUUCUUCUUUAAUCUCCCUUUUUCCUUACCCAUUUCACAAGCUGAGCAAAAGCACCUCGGUUUCCGAGACAUUUCCAUCGCUGAUUUCACUGCUCAUUGCUGCAAGAUUGUGAAUACAGAGUACCCUUUGGUUUCUUUUUCCCUGUAUUCAGUGUCGGUUUCUUUUUGGGGGUUUUCAUUUCAUGAGGUCUCUUUAAUGGAGAUUUCUGACAUGGGUUUGGAAAAUUUGAUCCUUAAGGUUGGGAACUGAACUGGGGUUGUGGAUAUUGUGAGUGUUUUUGAAAGGUUUAUGGAGAUUUCUUACAUGGGUAUGGAAAUUUGUUCCUUAAGGUUGGCAACUGAGCUGGGUUUGUGGAUAUUGUGAGAGUUUUUGAAGGGUUUAUGGAGAUUUCUUACAUGGGUUUGGAAAUUUGAUCCUCAAGGUUGGGAACUAAACUGGGUUUGUGGAUAUUUUUGAGAGUUUUUGAAGGGUUUAUGGAGAAAGGUCAUCUAGAUGCGGCUGGAAAAGUGGUGGUUGUCGCCAUUAAAGCCACCUCGAAGGAAGUUUCUAAGGCCGCGCUCGUUUGGGCUUUAGCACAUGUUGUUCAGCCUGGAGAUCAUAUUAAGCUCCUUGUGGUUAUCCCUUCUCAUCAAUCAAGUAAAUGGCUGCGGGGAUUUUCUCGACUUACCAGUGACUGUGCGAUCGGUCAUCUGAGAACUUCUUCAGGAACUUUUUCCGAUCGGAAGGAUGACAUUGUGCAUUCAUGUUCUCAGAUGGUACAUCAGCUUCAUGGUGCAUAUGACCCGCUGAAGAUAAAAGUCAGGAUCAAAGUUCUUUCUGGUUUGGCUCGGGGUAUGGUGGCUACUGAAGCUAAGAAAGCUCAAUCAAACUGGGUGAUAUUGGAUAAGAAUUUGAAAGAUGAAAGGAAAAACUGUUUGGAAGAACUGCAAUGCAAUGUUGUUCUUAUGAAGAAAUCUCAGCCUAAGGUUCUUCGUCUUAAUUUGAUGGAAUCCCCUAAAAUGAAUACUAGAGAAGCUUGGAUAUCAUCACAUGAAUUAGAUGUUUCUCAGAAGUGUCUUAAAAGCUAUUUCGAUGAAUCGAUCAUGUUUAGGGCUCCUGACAUGACUCCUGACAGUACUCCUGAUGUAGAGUCUCCUCUUACCGUAACUGAUAUUGGAGCAUCAUCAAUAUCAAGCUCAGAUGUGGGAAGUUCAUCCUUGUUCUCUGGGAUUUGUGGCAGCUUGAGAAAUGAAUCCAGAACAGCAGCUGACGGAGGAAGAAAUAUGUCUGGAUCUGAAUAUGAUUCUGAGAGCGAAAAGCAAACUCCCUCAGUUUCAUAUUUCCAGCGUUGUUUGGUUGAUAUUAUAAGUUCCAGGCGUAAAUUCCAGCAACACGUAAUGGAAGAAUCACAAAAUGCUCAUCAUAGACCUCCGGCUCCAACUAGUCAAGGUCUGGCGAAAAAAAUGUCUAAUCUUUCUCUAGAACCUAGCACUGAUGUGGCACAUCGAAGUACUGAUAUUAGCUCAAGCAGAAAUAUAAGGAACACGGUUGCGUUAUCUAGAAAAGCACCUCUAGGCCCUCCUCCGCUGUGUUCUAUGUGCCAACACAAGGCCCCUGCAUUUGGGAAUCCUCCCAGAUGGUUCACUUAUGCCGAACUUGAAGUCGCUACAAGUGGAUUUGCGCAAACAAAUUUUUUGGCUGAGGGUGGAUUUGGGUCUGUGCACCGAGGCGUUUUAUCAGAUGGACAAGUUGUUGCUGUCAAGCAAUAUAAACUGGCUAGUACCCAGGGAGAUCGAGAAUUUUGUUCAGAAGUUGAGGUCUUAAGUUGUGCCCAACAUCGGAAUGUCGUGAUGCUCAUUGGAUUUUGUGUGGAGGGUGGAAGAAGGUUACUUGUUUAUGAAUAUAUUUGCAACGGAUCUCUUGAUUCCCAUCUUUAUGGAAGAAAUCGUGAACCACUAAAAUGGUCUGCACGACAAAAGAUUGCAGUCGGGGCUGCUCGAGGAUUGAGAUACCUUCACGAAGAAUGUAGAGUGGGCUGUAUUGUGCACCGUGAUAUCCGUCCAAACAAUAUCCUCCUUACUCAUGAUUUCGAGCCACUAGUUGGAGAUUUUGGGCUGGCAAGGUGGCAGCCAGAUGGCGACCUAGCGGUAGAAACCAGAAUCCUUGGAAGAUUUGGCUACCUGGCUCCAGAGUAUGCACAGAGUGGCCAAAUCACAGAGAAAGCAGAUACAUACUCGUUUGGCGUAGUUUUGCUGGAACUCGUGACUGGACGCAAAGCGAUUGAUUUAAAUCGUCCCAAGGGCCAGCAAUGCCUCACUGAAUGGGCACGAAACCUGUUGCGGAAAGGUGCAAUCUCUGAACUAGUCGAUCCAUGCUUGAGGAACUGUUAUUCAGAUGAGGAAGUUCACCGCAUGCUGCAAUGUGCUUCCUUGUGCAUCAAGCGUGAUCCGUAUGUAAGACCGCGUAUGUCUCAGGUGCUUCGGGUUUUGGAGGGCGACAUUGUUUUGUAAAGCAGCAGCCAUAUAGGAAGCUUGAAGGAAAAUUUUGCAGAGUUGUAAAAGUAAAUAUGCUCUGGAAUCAACAUUCACAUGGCUAAGGGGGAUAUUGGAGUGAGGCUAAUUUGUCUUCUGAUGAACCACUUAGAAAAAAGCAAGGAAAUGCCAUGAAAAAAGAGGGUGAUGAAAAGAAUUCCACUUUGCAGAACUAGCUUUUUAGUUCCAUCCUUUUGGUGGUGAUUAUUAUAGCUUUAAUCAAUGGAUUUGGUUGUAAUGUAAAUAAGGGGAUUAAAGUGUCUUCUAUAAUAUUACCAUAAAAAUGUCAAGAUUUGGCUUGGGAUAAUUCCAAAUAAAGAUACUUGUAUGAUAUUGUAUGAUAUGUUAAAUUAGGCUGAAUAUGUCUUAGUCUUUUAAGGGUUGUUUGGAAGGAUGCGAUAAUGGAAUAGGUUUGUAAUGUAAUGUUGUCCAAAACUCAUGUUUAGGUUGAGGGUUUUGGAUCCGGUUUGUAAUACCAAACUCAUUCUCUUUCAACAGUUUUUAAUUCAACCCUCUUUCCACCGUUUACA